AUGUUGCCAGAAACGAGUACCCAGCCAUCACGGCCUUCUAAACCAAUCACUCGAAGUUCCAUUCGACAUUCACUCAAUUUCACGUCGGUAGGAAAAGCCUUGGCGGAUGUAAUCAACAAGGAGUCCCGCGACCGCGAAAAGCCUAAUGAGAAAGCCCUGAAGAAGUCCAAGGACUCUUCAAGACGUUUAAGUGCUAUUGCACUCAUGAAUUCCAGCGCAAUUCCCCAAGCUAACGCCACUGUAUCCUCAAAGUCAAAGUCCCCCACUCCGGGGCACGCCAAGGAGGACGCUUCUCCAUCCAAGACCAUCACACGCAGUAUCAGGAGACAGUCUGGUCUCCUCAGACCUGCUCCUGCUUGUGACGAUAUGGGGCUAAAGGUGCUAGACGCCGUUGGUGUCAGUCCUUCCAUAAAGCGUUCGUCUUCGCUACGCCCAAGGACUGCUCCUGCACCCACAUCGUCUGCAUUGCCGAAAUAUCGGCCCAAGUCCACUCUUAUAGAGUCUGUUCUACCAAAGAAACCUGUUUCUCCUGCUCGUGCCGGCACUCGCAGGCGGCUGAGCUCAUCAGAGGAAGAGGACAAGGUCCAUAGCGUCUCUUCCAAAGGCAACGUGGAAGAGAAGAAGCCUAAGAGUUCGAUCAGUCCUCUUCCUCACAGAGCACUUACGGUGAAGGUUAACUUGCCUAACCUUACGCCUCCUUCGACACCUUCUAAGAUCAACAAGUCAUCAACACCGAAGAAAUCCUCGCCUGCCAAGGCAGAGUCCGGGCGACCAGCUAAAAACAUCAAGACAACCACUACGUCGUCUGCUUCCAAGUCAAACAUUGCACGGCCUUCGUCGUCUUCAUCUUCUCGUAGCUCUAUUUGCUCACAGGGUUCACCUCAGACACCCUCCAAGAGUGGCUUUGGGUUCGGACGCUCAAAAAAUAAUCAAGCAUCAAGCCCUCUGCGUUCUACCGGUCGUCUUGCACCCGAGUCACCCCUUGCUCAUCACGCUCGUCAACAUUCUACUGCGACCCUUGGUAGAAGUACAACUCCCACGCCACUGUCGCAGCUUGCGGAGGAGAACAGCGAAGAUUCCAUUGAAGCUGACGAUGUGGAACUUCUCCUUGCCCCUGCCGCUCCCCUUGGGGCACCCACACCUGCGAUCCCCAGGAUUCGGGCUGCUCGACCUCAACACAAUGAGUCAGAACCUGAAACGCCCUCGCGCCCCUCUCUAUUCCUUCCUACACGAGCGAAUCUUUCCUACCUGUCACCUGCACCUCCGACCUCACAGAGCACACCUGGCCUCCGCCCUCCCAAAGCCAAUAGUGCAAAUCGCGGCUCGAUAAUGUCUUGGGAACAGUUGGCAAACGAUGGAUCACAGAUAAUUGCACAGGAAGAGGUAGAAAAAAUGCUUUCGGAGAUUCAGGCGCCCUUCACGCCAGUUGGCCCUUCACCGAACGUCAGUGUUCUUGCACUUGAAGUUCCUGAAAGUCCUUGCCUCUCUGCUCUGCCAUCGCCGGGUGGUUAUGGGUCGAUAUCUCAGGUUUUAUUACCGGAUGUUACACCUUCGCCCGCAGUGCACCAUUUUAACCAGGUGUUCGAUACGUCUACGGAGCUUCCCGCUCCUAUGGACUCGGGCACAGUCACUCUACUUCGCUUACAAGUAGCAUCCGCCGAGAACACAGCGAAGGAACGCCUCGGUCGCCUGCAGGAGCUGGAGGAGCAGCUGCAUGCCGCAAAACGUUCUCGCGUUCAGGAGACUGAAGAACUCGCGAAGCAAGUCUCAUUCCUGGAGCAACAGCUACACAUCAGCGUUGAGGCGAGGGAAAGGCUGGACGAGGAGCGCUCUGCCUUCACCGCAUCCCUCCAGGACCAGUUGCGCCACGCAGAAGCUUGUGGUGAGCAGGCAUCUAACGCUGCUUUUGCACGCGGACAGGAAGAGGCUGCUGCAUCGUGGGCAGAUUUGCUCAAUCAGAAGCAGCAAAAAUGGGAAGUAUGUUCCCUCGCUCGUGAGAUUAAAGUAGAAUGGGGCUCUGUCAGAGAGCAGACGGAGGUAGAACAAGAAUUUUUGCAGGCGAGCCGCGAGACGCUGAAAGUAUUUCUGGCUAUGCUGGAUCAAAGCCAGAAGCAGAUGCAGUCCCUGCUUGCUUGA